AUGGCACAAUCGUCGUUAGAAGAUAAUCGCAAAGUAUGGUUAAUUACAGGUGCUUCUUCAGGAUUUGGAAAGCGUUUGGUGACUUCGAUCCUCGCUCGAGGAGAUCUCGUUAUCGCUACAGCGCGGUCUUUAGAUAAGCUAGAGAGCGUCAUCUCAGAGCUGGAUUCACAAUACAUGGAACGUUUGCGGACAUUGCAACUUGAUGUAACAGACGGAGAAGAGAAGAUUAAAACAAAGAUUGAUCAGGCCAUCACCUUUUGGAAGCGGAUUGAUGUGCUCGUAAAUAACGCAGGGUUUGGGGUCCCCGGAAUGGUGGAAGAAGGAGGGACAAAAAUAUUGCGUCGCCAAUUUGAAACCAACGUUUUUGGAACACUAGACGUUACUACCGCCACCCUACCGUAUUUGAGGGAAAGUAAUGGUUGCGUGGUGGUUAUUGGAAGUCGGUCUGCAUGGAAAGCUGAGCUACCGGGUCUCGGAUUUUAUGCUGCAUCUAAGGCAGCUAUUCACGCCAUCACUGAAGCAUUUAUGUCCGAACUUGCCCAAUUCAACAUAAAGGUAUUGCUUGUUGCUCCAGGUUCAUUUCGAACAGAGGGGAUCUACGGACAUUCAUAUUACACUGAUAACCCCAUCCCGGCUUACGACAAGCUUCGCGGAAUUAGUAAAACUAGAUUCGAAUCUGUCGGAGGGACAGAGAAAGGAGAUCCUGACAAGGCUGUAAAAGCUAUCAUCGAAGUUGUAACGGGAGAGGGUCGCGCUAAAGAUCGCCCGUGGCCUAAUUAUUUGAUUCUGGGAGAGGAUGCUGAAGCAGAUGUCAGGAACAAGUGUCGGCGUUGGUUGACUGUCCUUGAUGAGUGGUCGGAUGUUACCCGAGCGGUUAAUUUCGAUAGUUAA